AUGGGUAUCAAAAUACGGGAAGCGUCCGAUGCGGACAUACCGCGCGCUGCGCAAGGGGAAGCCGACGCAUACGGUGCUGGCCAGAAUGGUCCCUCUCUAUUUUUCCCUGGCCCCUUCCCAGUCGCACCCACAGAGUCAAGAGCCAAUCAAAUCAUCAACAUGCGCAAUAGCGACCCUACAUGUCAACUCCUGAUUGCUGUCGAUGAAGAAACAGGCGAGCAAAUGGGAUUCGCGAAAUACCACAUCUACAAGACAUCAGAGGACGUCAGCUCAUCCGCAGGACGUCCAGUACCAUCGGGACCCGGAGUGAACGAAGCGGCAUGUGAAGCUUUCUUCGGCGGUCUCGUUGUCCGAAAGAAAGCGAUUAUGGGAACGAAACCACAUAUAUAUCUGCACAUGCUGCAUACCGAACCCAAGUACCAAAGACGUGGUGCUGCAAGUGCACUGCUAAGAUGGGGAACCGAAAGAGCAGACCAGCUGGGUUUGCCGGUAUAUCUUGAAUCGUCUCAUGAGGCUCAUAUCCUCUAUGGGCGACAUGGAUUCAAUGACGCAGAGACCUUCGAAUGCGACAUGAGACCUUUUGGCGGAGAUAAGACGUUCACCGCGCCUUUGAUGAUACGGGGGCCUCUAUAA